AUGGCUCGAUCUCUGUUAAUAUUAUUCUUAAGUUUCUUUCUCUUUGCUUGUCUUCUUCCAACAGCCACAUCAAGAUUAAGAAGAUCCAAACAGUCUCUAUCUCAGAACAUCCAAUGGUGGUGCGAUCGAACCCCACACCCAGAACAGUGCGAAUUCUACAUGAUGAGCCGUACCCACCGCCAUGGCCACAGGCUGAAACACAAGUCCAAGUUCAGAGUCAAUCUGAUUCAGUUAGCUCUGGAUCAAGCCAAACACAUGCAAUAUGAAACUCGUGAAAAUGCCCAGAAUUGCGAAGCAGAGAAGCUUAAAGUUGUGUUGGAUGAUUGCUUGAAGCUUUACGAUAAUGCCAUCUUCCAUUUGAACCGAACCUUCCAAGGGCUCGGAUCAAAACGUGGUCGUCGUCCGGGUUGCUCCAAUUUGGAUGCUCAAACAUGGCUCAGUACAGCUCUCACUAACAUUCAAACAUGCAAGAACGGAGCUAAGGAUUUAAAGCUCACAGUGCCACAAUUUACAGAGUCCAAUACUGUGUGUUACAAUGUGUCGAAGAUGAUAAGCAAUAGUUUGGCUAUAAACGCGGCGUUCCUGACAAGAUCAGAGAGAGAAGAACUCAAGAAUGGGAAUAAUAAUGGUGGGUUUGGGCAGGAUGAUGAUGAGAAGAAUGGGUUUCCGAGGUGGUUUUCGAGGAAGGAGAGGAAGUUGGUGACGGUGUCUGCGUCCAAGAUAAAGGCGAAUCUGGUGGUGGCGAAGGAUGGCUCCGGGCAUUUCAGGACGGUGCAGGCGGCGAUAAAUGCGGCGGCGAAGAGGAAGUACAAGACGAGGUUUGUGAUAAGAGUAAAGAAAGGGGUAUAUAAUGAGAAUAUUGAAGUCGAUAAGAGUAACGAUAAUAUAAUGCUGAUUGGUGAUGGAUUGAGAGAUACUGUGAUCACAAGUUCUAAGAGUACUUCGGAUGGCCUUACUACCUAUAGCACUGCCACUGCUGGCAUAGAUGGGCUUCACUUCAUUGCCCGUGAUAUAUCAUUCAGGAACAGUGCUGGUCCUCGCAAGGGACAAGCAGUGGCACUCCGAUCAGCCUCCGAUCUCUCUGUCUUCUAUAGAUGUGGCAUUAUAGGUUAUCAAGACACUGUCAUGGCUCAUGCACAACGUCAAUUUUACAAACAAUGCUACAUUUUUGGAACUGUUGAUAUCGUCUUCGGCAACGCCGCCGCAGUUUUCCAAAACUGCAUAAUUCUCGUAAGGAGGCCAUUAUCGGGCCAGGCCAAUAUGAUCACGGCCCAAGGUCGAGGGGACCCGUUCCAAAACACCGGCACCUCAAUACACAGUUGCGUAAUCAAAGCCGCGCCAGACCUCAAGCCUGUCAUCAGGUCGGUCUCGACCUACCUGGGCCGGCCCUGGCAAGAAUACGCUAGAGUUGUGGUAAUGAGGUCCCGCAUAGACUCCUUGGUAAGCCCUUUGGGCUGGUCCAAAUGGGGAAAUACUAAUUUUGCUCUGAAUACAUUGUACUUUGGAGAAUAUAAAAACUUUGGGUCUGGUUCAUCCACAAAGAAUAGAGUAAAAUGGAAAGGAUAUCAUGUGAUAGCUAGCUCAGCCGAAGCAUCAAAGUUCACUGUGAAUGGCCUCAUUGCUGGUGGUACAUGGUUGCCUUCAACUGGAGUUCCGUUUACUUCUGGUUUAUAGCUAAAUUUAAUUAUGAUUAAGUGACAUUUUAAUUAUAUUUGAU